AUGGGAUUAAUGCUUCCGCCUGGUCAACCUUCAAGCGAACGGAUCCCACCCCAUUCACGUGCGUGUGUAGACGGAUCGCCAACGGACUAAAUCAAUAUUCAUUCAAGCGUGGGGUCUCUUGUCGAUGCCUACGCCUACGCCUACGCCUACGCCUACGCCUACGCCUUCGCCUGCCUACCGGUAACUAAUGCCCGCUUUCGCCUCUCGGAAUCGUCCAAUUCAAUUAAACCCUUUCCAAUUUCUCUACCAAACCACUAACUACCCAGUACCUCGUUACUCUCCGUCGGUCAUUCAUCCCCUCCCCCGUCGCUAUUCAUUCACCUCUGAUUCGAUCGACUCUCCCACCAGAGUGAAUCCAUCUUGUCAAUCCAUUACUACAACCUCCACCCUCUAUUCUAUUCUCUACACUCUGCACCCUACACCUGCCCACUCUCCAACGAUCUUCCCCAUCCUCUCCCGCUCCACCUUCCCAACCCUACCUAUUCCUACAAAAGGUCAACUGAGCCGCCUUCCUACUAAUUCCAACCCUUUCGCACUCCUCUCCACCUUCAUCUUCACCUUCCAUUCACCAACAUCAUCCCCAGCAGUCCACCAUCUCCAUUCAACACUUCUUCCAACGAACCACCAAACACUCCGACCAUCCCCGCAUCUGCUACCUUCAAAGGCUCCCCACGCUGUCAGAGCAACCUCCGACAUUCGUCAGACAUUCCACCCACAGCCAAAUCAUCUCUCCCUUCCUCUCAAUAUUGGCCGAGCGCUUCUCUUAGGCGCGGCUGUACGACAGCCCUCCGCCGGCGCGACUGUAGCCUACACAGACGACUUCUGAUAGUUCAUAUUCUCCUCCUGCUUCUUCAUUCCCAACUCUUUCAGUCCCUUUGUGUCGUCGUCCUCUGCCGCUCUGUCAUUGUUCCGCUUCCGGAAUUACCCUUAGCUUUCCUACCCUGCACGUCUGUCCCCACGUCCAAGCAACCUCACCCCACCCAACCCGCGGGUCGCUACAAAAUUCCCUGACUGCGCUGCGCUCUUCCUCUCACCAUCAUCAUUGCUGCUACCACUCUCUCACCACGUUUCGGAGCCCCAAGAAACUCAAGCUCGAUACUACUGCGUCGCAUAAACCCGUCAAGUCGACUUUCGCCUCCAUCAGUCGCAACGACCAGCACGCGCCGCCGCAGCAGCGACAGCCGCAACAGGCCGAACCGCACA